GAUUUUCUUUCUGACUACAUUAGAUUGCAGCAAACGUAGAAAUGCAGAUAUUCUCUCUCAAUUUUUUGUUCUACACUAUCGGUGGUAUAUGGCGGCCGAUCGAAUGGUCUUCGAAAUUCUCCAUGUGUUUAUACGGCGUAUUUACCUUUUGUACGCUGUAUAUGUUGAACUUUUUAAUGCUAACUCAAUUGAUCGAUACCAUCUUUAUUGUUGAUAAUAUAGAUGAUUUUGCUACGAAUUCGUCUCUACUUCUUUCGGUUAUUGCCACGUUCUGUAAAGCAAUUACUAUAACAACUCGUCGUAGUGAAAUCAUCAACUUAAUCAGAAUGUUGCAAGAAAAACCAUGCAAAGCUUGCAACGAAGAAGAGAUUAAUAUUCAAAUGAAGUAUGAUCGUUUAAUCAGGUCAUGCACUAUAAAUUACAUGGUUUUAGCAUCGUUUUCUGCCACUGGUGUUACAAUAGGAGAAGUGCUCACUACUUUACAAGGCGAAUUGCCUUAUAGAAUAUGGGUACCAUACGAUUAUACAACAUUUUUUUUAUUCUGGUUUACAUCUCUUCAAGAAAUAUUAACUGUGCUUCUUGGUACAUUUGUAAACGUCGGUACGGAAACCUUAUUAUUAGGAUUUUGUCUACAAAUAUGCACACAAUUUGAAUUGCUUAUAUGUCGCCUUCAAAGAAUGAUAGAAUCUGAUGAAAAAACGAAAAUUCACAAAAAUUUAUUGAAUGAUGCGUCAAAUAGAACAAACAGAUUGUCAGAACAUAUUCGUCAUCAUCUAUAUAUAAUUAGAUUUGCCGAAAUGGCUAAUGAGAUAUUUAAUCAAGUACUUUUUGUACAAUUUUUUGCCAGCAUAUUAGUGUUAUGUUCAAGUGUAUACUAUUUAUCUUCUCAUAUAACAAUUACUGAUUUUAUAAAAUUAGCUAUUUAUACAUUGUGCAUGUUUGUGCAAAUUUUUGUAUAUUGCUGGGCUGGAAACGAAGUUAUACGUAAGAGUAUUGGUUUGAGUGAAGCGGUGUAUCAAAUGGACUGGAUAUUAAUGACAAUCAGUGAACAAAAAGAUUUACUCAUGAUUAUGAAGCGUAGCACAAGACCUAUAAAAUUUACCAGUAGUUUUCUAGUAACAUUGUCGUUGGAUUCUUAUACUAAUAUUCUCAAGACAUCUUAUUCUGCAUUUAAUAUUUUACAACGAUCUUGAAAUUAAAACAAUAAAGCUUUGGAUUGUGACAAAAAAACACAAUGUGUGUUACCAUUAUGACCAUUAUAUGUAUAUGUUGCCAAGAAUAAAUUGUUUAUUUUAUAUAGAAUUAUUAUCUAAUAUAAAUAUAGAAUUAUAUAUUUUUAUUGGUGUCGUGAAUUUGCGCGCGCGCGCACCACACACACACACACACAUCAAUAUUUUAUGACAUAUUUUUUUUUAAUUAGAAAAACAUUUUAUUAGUGAUAUGUGUGCAUGCAGUAUAUUUGUAUAGAUUAUACAUUAGAGUUAGCAUUUAAAAUAUAAAAUAUAUAUAAUGUAAAUUAUAUUUUACAUGUUAUUUGUAUAAGUAUAAAUGACUAAAUCAUCGAAAAUUAAAAUUUUAUAAAAAA